GCGACACACCGCCACAAAUCUGUAUCAAAAAUGCGUGUUUCACGGCCUUCCAAAGCGACAUCCACCAUUUUGGCGGUCGAGAUUUUUUCCAACCCAUUUUGCUGUCGUCUCCCAGAGGUGGGUCGUAUUCUUGAAAUAUCGUGUCAUUCUGAUCGAACUUUUUGAAAUCAUCCAAAGGAUCCUGGCGUUGUAUCAACGGAGCGUUCUCAAGCACUCCCUGUCCCUGAUAAGACUGGAUUACUCCGGCAGUGAACGUUUCUGUCAUGUAAAGAAGCAGGCCUUCGAGCGAAAAGGGAGUCGUCGCCAUCUUUCACAAAGAAUUCAGCCAAACCGUUUCGUUUUUUUGGUGCGACUACGUUUCUUGCGCCCUCUAAAGAUCUCUAAAAUGUAUAGCAGCGAACUUUAGGGAGACUGGCAAAAGCACGAAGUAAACAGGAAGAUCAUGGGUGAGCAUUCCACUCGAGUCAAUUCUCGGGAAAAAAAUUAAUGGGAUAAAUUAGAAUAAAUUACACGCUUCAUCUGUAAUUUUUCAGAAGUAAACAAGAAUGAAAAAAAAAAUAUGUCGUCUAGGAUUUUUCCGCAAAACAUGUCAAUCAAAGUUUGUUAAUUAUCUCUUAAGACUUUGCGUCACUUAUUUCUUUACUUUGAUCUCACUUACGUAGCCGCGAAAACAAUUCCGAGAACUGACAAGACCUGACAACAACAGGAAGGUCGUCGGAAGAGUUGUUAACCCAAUCAAGAGGUUAAAUAGAAAGCCUACACAGUAUUGUAGCAAGAUUUUCUCUUGACUGUAACUCACGGUUAUCCAGCACUUGUCUCAGUGAGCUCGAGAGUGACUGAGCAUGUACUUUAUUCAAAUUCGCGAAACGUAUAAAAUGAUCAAGUAAUCAAUUUUUCUACGAAAACUUGUGUAACUCGUGAUCGCGUUACUCCUCGCGACGGACAUUCAGGAACUUUGUCACGAUAUAAGUCAUUUACGUUCAAAUUGAUUAGACAAACGCCGAAGGAGGAAUGAGGAUAGCUUGCAUGAUAAGCCCAGAGGCCGUCUGCGAAGGGGGACUAUAUUUACAGCAUCUCAUUCAAAAUGACAGACUCCGAGCAGUCUCUCUUUUCCUCGAAAAUGGAAAAUGCAUGGGGAAGAAUGCAAACAAGUAAGCGUGAGAGCGUGACUGUGAGUCACGAAAAAGGAAACCGGAUAUUACAUAUUAUAGGAUUACAGAAUCUCGAAAGCGAAAAUGAAAGCGAAAAUCGUUAACUCUAACAUUUCCGCUUUCAUCGCUUAUUAAUUUCCCCGUGAUUUGAGGUGGGCAGUUCACUCUUCAUAGCCAGAAAAAAAAUUCUUUCAUGGCGUCGUUUACUCUAGGGGGCCUAUUUGUUUAUGUCACGGAAACAUUCACCGCUGGAGUGAUUCAAUCUUACGAGGGACAGGGAUUGCUUGAAGAUGCUCCGUUGAUACAGCGCCAGGAUCCCUUGGAAGAUUUUAAAAGGUUCGACAACAGUGAUACGAUUUUUCAGGAGUACGAUGCACCCCCGGGGGACCAUAGCAAAAUUGGCUGGAAAAGAUCUCGACCGUCAAAAUGGUGGAUGUCGCUUUGGAAGGCCGUGAAAGAUGUCUUCUGUAUUCAAAUUCUUGGAGGUUUGACUCUCGGUACGCUUGCUAUAUUCAUUUUGGUUUUGGAUUUCAAUUCCGUCGAUCUUUGCUACGAUAAACAGUUACAUGGACACUGGAACUCGCUCCCACGUAAGAUUCAGGCCAUCAUUGUCAGCGCUGAAACCGUAGAAGCAUAUGUGGUGCAAAUGUGGACAUUUCUUCUUAUAAUCACAAUGUUUGGCUGGCGCUUAGUAAAGAAACUCAAUUUGUUGAUCCUCAAUCUACUGGGUGCAUUUUUUGACACAUGUUACAGACUUUACCUUCAAGUUUACGGAAUAUAUGAGAGGCCCUGGAUGUCUUUUCCUUUGAAUGCUUUAUUUCUAAUCAUAGUCCUAAUGAAUUCUAUACUUGUCGGAAGAGAAAUUGCUAACAGCAGCGAAAAUGAAAGACCCAGGAGACUCAAGAAGACGAUCAAGGUUUCCGCGAUACUCGCAGCCCAAUUAGCCUUUGGAAUUCCAAUCGCCCUUGGUCUUGUUUAUGGCAUCAUUCCAUUGUAUGGUCGUCAGAACGAAACUUACAGAGCAGUAAUAGCUGGUGCACUGCCCCUCUUAACGGCUGUACCAAAGGUCAUAGUACGUUUGACGGCGCAGAGAAUCGAUUUUCUUCACCCGGGCGACUCGCACGUGCUUUUAAGCGUUUUGUAUAGCGCGUCCGCCAUCGUUUUCCGUGUCAUGCAAGCUGAGCUCACAAGUAUUGAACUGUUUAUAAUACUCAGCCUCGUACACGGCGCUGUGGACUUGUUAGAGAGGUUAACUAUUGUUGUGCGUGAUUAUUUGUGGUACAUUAUUUACAAGAAGUUUAAACGCGACGCGGACGCAGAGCCAAUGUUGAGCGCUGAUAAAUUUCGCACUCCAAGAAGCAUGCGCUUUAUCGCCGACAUGAGCAUCCAGAUGAUUCUCGGAGAAUCGACGGCUUUGGUUGCAGCGGUUGGCUUUAUUCAGUUGUAUAGCUUCAUGUACAACAAUCACGGUCUGUCCUUUUCCGACAUGCAUCCGGUUGCAGAUUUCUUCAUUCGCGUUUCCAUCGCUCUUAGUAUUGAUUUCAUUUUCAAUUCGUUCUCGUUUUGGCUGCAAAUGUCAUAUUUAAAUAUCGCUGUGGUACGGGUUUGGAAGAAGAAAUGGAGGAAGCACAUGGUUGUCGGUCUAAUUCUGACCACUGUGACAAUGUGUUACUUUACCACCCAUUUGUUCGCUGUUGUAAAAGACAAACACAAAUCAGGUGCUUCAGUACGUCAUUUUAACUGUACGGGACCAUUUUCUGAGUUCUAGUAAGUUGAGUAAUAUGACCGUCCUGUCAGUACACUUUGAGAUGGAAUUUUCUUCGAAAGAAGUCUAAGUUAAGCGUAAUGUACAGCUGCAUUACUAGUAACGACUGAAAGCCGCUGCAUUUCUAGUAGCGACGAAGCCAUUAUUGUAUUGCAGUGGAACCCGGUUAAUACGGACAACAAUUCAAAAGGACAACUGCAAAAGUGCCCGUAUUAUCCGGUGUCCAUCACGGACACAUGUUUCACGGAUACAAAAGCUAAAGCAUGUAAAUAAAUAAACAAAAAUAAUAAUAAUAAAUUAUAAUUGUUAAUGAGGAAGACAAAUCAGUCCUAGCUGGUUUUGAUGCGGAUCCUCUAUCCUGACCGAAUUAAAAUUUGAAAAUGUUAGUUUUCCAUGUGAUUCAAAAAUAACAACGAUGUCUGAUCUCUUAUGAGCAACUGGCUAAGUUCAAACAGAAGAAAUUUUAUGUUCAUUCAAGUAUUCGAAUGUCUCACAUUAAAACCAGGACUUAAACGGUUAUGGUUUUUCA